CCCCUGGUCACCUGCCUCAACACCUCGCUCUGGCAUGCGAACCCCGACUUCUGCGUCGCAAAGUCCUGCACACCACCGGACAUCAUGAACGGCAACUUUAACUACACAACUGACCUCGUGUUAGGGACGACAAUAAUCUACACUUGUGACAUGGGGUACCGAUUAGUCGGGCAGGAGUCUGCACAAUGUGUCCUUCAUAACAAUGAAGUUUUUUGGGAUAACGUUCCAUACUGUGCCAGUAUUCCCUGCUCACCACCUCCUGCGAUCGAGAAUGGGCAGUCCAGCGAUGGGAACAGAGACUUCACCUUUGGCAUGGCUGUAACCUACACCUGUAACAGGGGUUUUUCUCUUAUUGGAGAUCCCACAAUUCACUGUACCGUAAAUAAGGACCUUGAGGGAGUAUGGAGUGGUCCACCCCCUGAAUGUAAAGUGGUCAGAUGUAAAAAUCCAGAAGUGAAAAAUGGGAAAAAAUUAUCUGGAUUUGGCACUGAGUACACGUAUAGACAUACAGUGACCUUUGAGUGUUAUCCUGGUUAUUUACUGAAUGGUAGUAGUACAGUUACUUGUGAAGCAGACAAUAGCUGGAACCCGCCUGUGCCAACGUGUGAACCAGGACAGCACCCCAAUGCGCUCUGUAAAGAGCCCCCUACAGUUGACAACGGGAUGCACAAUGGCACAAAGAGCACGGACUUUGUCCCUGGCUCCGUUGUAGUUUAUAAAUGCAAGGAUGGCUUCACCCUCACUGGAGCAGCCUCUAUUCACUGUAAAGUGGAUCACCAACACCAGGGAGUCUGGAGCAAGCCUACUCCUGAAUGCCAAAGUGAUGUUCCUCCUGUAGGAGAGCACCCCAACGCUCUCUGUAAAGAGCCCCCCACGGUUGACAACGGGAUGCACAAUGGCACAAAGGGCACGGACUUUGUCCAUGGCUCCGUUGUAGUUUAUAAAUGCAAAGAUGGCUUCACCCUCACUGGAGUGGGUGUUCUUCGGUGUAUUGCAAGAGAUGAAUACAGGGGAGUCUGGAGCAAGCCCCCUCCUGAAUGCAGAGGUGGAGCAAACAUGAUCAUUGUUGGAAUCUUCCCCCUCCUCCUGGCAAUGCUGAUUAUGAACAUCUAG